CGGGUCCUCAGCUCGUUUUGCUCAGGCAUUAAUUGUGCUUCUGAAUCGGGUUUAGAUUGUUGGAAGAGACUCACCAGCUACUGCAGCCAUGCCAUCCUGUUUGACCUCAGGGUUUCUCCUCGUCAGCCUCCUGCUGCAGAUCGGGACCAACGCUGCUCCUCUGGAACCGGGUCAUGACCUGCUGGAAGACAAGGCUGAUGGCGACGUCGGCGCCAGGCGCAACAUGUUGGGCACUCUGACUGUGAUCAUUGUCCGAGGCAUCGGUCUGAACGGAGAUAAAAUCGGAGAUACUGAUGCUUUUGCCAAGAUGUGGUACGGAGCCAUGUAUUUCAGGACCGAAGAAAUCAAAUCAGACAAUCCAACAUGGAACGCUGUGUUUAAUUUGGGCCAUGUGGAAACACAUCUUCCCCUGAAGGUUGAGGUUUGGGACCAGGACCCGACACAUGAUGACUGUCUCAUCUCGUGCACUCAUUAUCUGACCCAGGGAACCCACACCUUCACCUGCCCAGGGAACGGUCAACUGGAGGUCAAAUAUUCCCUGACCUGCGACCCCGGCCUUACUGGAAAGCAAUGUGAGCUGUACCAGUAAAAUGCUUAGUGGAAAGACUUCAGUCACAGUGAGGUUUAAAUAAAUGACUCAAAGGUUUUUUAUGGUAAUGAAUCUGAUCUGUUAAUCACAGGGUGCAUGUUAGCAUUGUGAAAAAUCUUUGUUCCUGUUUUAAACAAACACAUUUUGACAACAGAUGAGCAUUAGUUGACAUUUACUGACAGUAAUUCAAGCUGUGCUUUGAUAUUGUACUUUAUUACUUUCAAAAUCCUUUGAAUCAAUAAAAUAUUAUUCCAUUUA